CAUCAUGCCAUGCCUCAUGACAGAUGGCGAGUCAUAGGGAUGCUUGAAUCUGGGACCUCGCAGCGUGACAUCGCACGUGAAUUCAUCGCCCACAGAAACACCAUGGGACGCAUAUAAAUGGAAUCUAUCAACCUAUUUGCAUACAGAGUGCUUGCUAUUGGAUUACGUACUGCGGAUUACUAUUAGACGUAUACAGACUUGUAACUGGAAUUUUGCGCCUAAUAUUUGGACGUCUGUGGAUGUAAUAUGCCGAGUGUGUCCGUACCGGUACGUUGUUGUGUUUUGUUAUUCCGAUUGUGUUCCCAGCGAUACACGAUGUGGUCGAUAAUUGAUUGUCGCGCCCAAGGACGUGAAGUUCCGCACGCAAUUUCUGCGACUGGCCUUUAUUGAUAUUUGCCACAUUCAAAAGGACGUUCGUAGCUCGAGGUUUUCGUUCGGCCAUAAACAAGGACACGGUGACACUCCCAGAUACGCUAGCUUAUUAAAUAUUUUUUGUGCGUGGGAGAUAGAUCCAUAACGGUACACGCUGUUAAACAGCAUUUAACGGAUGUUUCCACGUGUCGCAUGGUCAGAUUUAAGGCUUGUGAGUACUGGUUUGUUAUUCUAGUGAGAGAACCUGUUACUUUCUAUGGAGAGAUGCAUGCACGACCAAAGUCCAGUGACUGGUAUGUUAAAGGCAUCUUGGAUAUGCAUACGACCAACGUCCAGUGAUUGGUAUGGUAACGGCAGCUUGGAUAGGCAUUUUUCCAACAUAUACUCCUUUAAUAAAACCUCUAAAAUGAGUAAAAUGGAGAGUAUUGUAUCGAUGGAUACCAGCAAGACAAUCAUGGCUCACAUGAACAGUUCGGGGAAGGUGGCGUCUGCCACGGUAAAUUCCCCCCUUCUACAGAGUGAUGCGGAGGAGUCGUAUUUGAUGAUGGACAAACCUCCGGACGAACAGUGCUACCAUAGGAAACCCGUAUCAGAUUUCUCUGAAGAAAAGGUUUGGGUCUAUCCCUUGAACGGGACACGACGGAAGCUUAAGGCGGCGUUCGACGACCUCAAGACGGAUUUUCUGUUGAUGGAAGAAAUCACGGACAGACGAAAACACUUGUUGGAGGACAUGAUAGAAAGGGAGAAGGAAAAGUGUGAACGGAAUAUACACCGCAUUGCCCAGACUCUGAUUCAGAAGAUCCGUCAGAAGGAGGCAGUCAUGAUGGACAGACUGUGGACGGUGUGCAAGGAGCAGCGAGACACUCUGGAGGAGCACCUGACGGACGGGCGCCAGCUCAUCAACUCCACCCGCGAGAUGAUUCAGCAGGCUGAGCAGCUGCUCUUCAGGUCCGGGUACGAGCUCGACAUAGACGACAAUAUCCAGCGCCAGUUGCCGAAGUUCACAGAGCAGCAUUCGCAGGUGAAGAAAGCUCUUGUCAAGGGAGAUUCGGUUAAUCAUGUGAUAAGAAUCUCGUUCACGCCAAUUUCAGAUGAAAGCACUGAUACGUACCUUGAGUCUUUAGACCUGGGCUCCAUUGAUGUAGAAACUGAUGUAAUUAGUAGUGAAUCGGAAUCGUAUUCUCCUAUUCAUGAAUUGGCAAAUGUGAUGCCCAGGAACCCUUCGGACCUGAGUCGCGGGAGCUUGGAAUCGGCCUCCCUUGAGAUUGAACAGUCGGGACAGCUGGAAAUAGACAAACGGAAUCCAGACCUGUCCGAUAUCGUCACCCUAGAUCUCCAGAGAUGCACAGCCAUGGUGGUGACCGACUUCAUCAACAAGUCUGUGAAAUAUUUUUACUACAACAGCGGCGGCAGCUGGUACGACGUCGUGCCCAUGAAGAGCGGUCCGUUGGGAGUGACCAAAACGUCUGUGUCCGCGAUAGCAGUGACGUUACCCGAAUCGCGUCAGAUGUGUUUCAUCGAGAUGUACCCCGAGUUGCGUGUCUCCUCGAUCUACACGCCGAAAGAGUAUUACAAGGUGUCCCUACUGAACAGUACCAGCCUUGUUGUGAGUGCCACCUUUCCGAACGCGGUGGAUAUAAUUGAUUUCAAUGGAACUAUCGUCAAGUCCAUUAGUUCUGUGCAACUGCAUCAAAAGAUUUUCGAGCGGCCGUACCAUGUCAGCGUCACGCCAUCUGGCGACAUGUUGAUUUCGGAUAACUUCCUGAAGGCCCUCGUGUGUAUCAGAGUUACCGGUCGUGUUAGGUGGGUUUACAAAGCACAGACUAUGGGUUCGCCGCAAGGUGUUGCUUGCGACUCUAGCGGGAUGAUUUUUCUAGCAGACGGCACCAAAAAUGUUGUGAUACAGUUAUCGUCCGACGGCCAGUUCCAGCAGAAUAUUAUCAAAGAGGAAGAUGGGCUGCACCUGCCCGUGGCUGUUCACGUUCAUGAAUCCGGCAGAAUAUAUGUGACGCAGAAAAAUGGAACCAUUAAGGUGUUUUCGACAUUGUGAAGUCUACUGCAAAUGUCUUAGUUGUGAAUUGUGAAGUAUACUGCACGUCUUAGUUGUCAGUUGUGAAGUAUGCUGCAAAUGUCUUAGGUGUGAAGUCUUGUUAUUGUCGUACCAUUACAACAUAUACCUGCUGCUACUAUUUUAAACUAUGCAACAUUGGUUUCAUAAUUCUCAAUAGUUUUCGAUCAGUGAUUUGAGACACAUGUAUGCCAAUAUAUGUGGACAUUUAAACUAUAUUUGGAAACACGUGGAGGAUAUGUGUUUAGUUUUCAGUGAUUUUGGCGAUAUGGAUGGAGGCUGGUUUCUACUGAUUUCAAAGACAUUGUGGUAGGAACGGAGUGUGUGUGUCUUGUUUUCGGUGAUUUGAAGGAUUCUUAGAUAUGGAUGCGUAUUUGUGGUUAGUAUACCGACAAUAGACAGCCUUGGGGCUGUGGGUGUGGAUUUGAAGCUACUUUUUCUGUGAUUUGUCACACACUUAGCAAUAUGGAUGAACGAUAUAUGGUUAGUUUUUAUUGACUUAAAACUUGGUGUUGUAAGUGGAGAUUUAUGGAAAUUUGUUUUUAGUCCGUCAGUGAUUUGAAGAUAUCUAUGAAUAUGUAUUGGUAGAUGUUUUUUCUUACGUGUGCUCAUUUUAUAUUAAUAUUUGUAAAGCAAAUGUUAUUGACGAUCAGUUAACCACGACAAUGCUUAGAUAAUGACCAAGGGCUUUUCCGGAAAUGAUCACACGAGAAAUGCGAGAUACCAUUUUAAAACCCAUUAUCCGCCAUCACUGGUCGAUUUUUAUGUUGUUGUUGUUGGGGUUCUUUUUUGUUUGUUGUUGUGUUGUUGUUGUUUUUUUGGGGGGGGUUGUGUUUUUGGGGGGGUUUUUUUUUUUUUUGAGGGGGGGGGGGGGGGUUAAUAGAUGUUUUAUUAAAAAAAUAAAGAGAAAAUUGUUAAGCCUAAAAUUAAUAAGCCACGAGUCGGGUUACGGUGAACAAUAUAUGGCACAUUGUGUCAGAGUGGCGUGGUUCAUACAAAAUGCAUAUAUCCACUUGUUUAAAAAAAUAUCAUAUAUAUUGAUUAUUCGCAUAAAAGCUAAUUAUGAAGUUUCUAGCUACUACAUGAUAUGAAGAUAUUAAAUGGCAUGCCAUACUGCGAUACGUGUAAUGGUUUUGGUUGCCUGGGAUAAAUUAAUUUCCGAUUGUCGAUAAUGUUUGUAAUAAGAGUGAUAUAAACAGUAUAUCAACCCACGCAGGCAAUAGGCCUACAUGUAUAAACCGUAUGACAUCUAAGAAUGCUAAUUAGCAACACUCAUUCUUGAAACACAGUUACAGUGGACACUGAAUAAUAACAGUGUAUUAAAUAAAAGUGGUAAUUUAUUGGAAAUCAGUAAUAGUAUUUACACAAAUAAACAUUGUUCAUAAACACAGAUACAACCAAUCGGAGCUGAGAACGGUGCCCCAGAACCAUGACACGGAUAUACUUUAUUUGGUGUAAAGCAACCAUUAAGGUCUAGGGGCAAACGUGUUUGGCUAUGAUGGACUUGAGGCCUGUAGGUAUUGAGUUCGUAUUUCGUUACUGACUACCACCUAGUAUGUUAUAUCGGGAGAUGUAAGGCCACUGUUUUCAUUUCAACUUAUUUUCGUGCUUACAUCCAAUUAAGGUUCAAGCACGCUGUCGUGGGCACACACCUCAGCUGUCUGACCAGGACAGUGGGUUAGUUGUUGGUGGUUAGUAAAAGAGA